AUGACUCCCUGCAUCAUUACUGACUCCACAAAUUCAUUCAGCGCCAGAAUGACGGUGGCUCAAAGAAAAGAGGCUAACGAACUGAGAAAGACUCUCAAACCUCUGAUGGAGAAAAGAAGGCGCGCGCGCAUCAAUGAGAGCCUCAACAGGUUAAAGGAGCUGAUAGUCCCUCUGGUUGCCAAUGAUACUUCCCGCUACUCAAAGCUGGAGAAAGCAGACAUCUUGGAAAUGACCGUCGGGUUUCUGAGAGAGCUCCCGUCUUCACCUGUUAAAGCCCAGGCAGAUAGUUACAGAGAGGGCUAUGAAGCGUGCUUGCAGCGGGUCUCCGCGCUCCUCCCGCGCACGAGCCUCGACUAUGAAACCUGCGCGCGCGUGCACGACUUCAUCCAGCAGGCAAAACCCUCGAGCUCGUCAGCCUGCCGCUCGUGUAGCGCUCGCAACUCCAUCCAGCACGAGAGGCUUCAGAGCCCGAAAUCGAACCCCGUGCUUGCAAACCGCGCGAGCAUCACUGGAUCAACUUCCAGUAGAGCUCAUGCUCUCCCACAAGCCGCCGCUCAAACCAUGUGGAGACCCUGGUAGACCACUGAGUCCAAAGUCUCGAGCACUGAAUAAUGAUUUACCAUUCAUGUUGUAUAUAUACUUUUAAAAUGUAUUUAUUGUGAUAUGCACAAGUCAUAAAGUUACAAAACUGACUGUAGAGUGGGAAAAAGCCAGUAAGCACAGAUCAUGGAUUUAGAAAUAGACAAUGUUAGUGACUUAAUGCAAUCCUCUCUGGGGUGUCAAGACAUACGGGUUGUAAGCAACACAAUUGUAAACCCCACGGGUUAUAAUGUAUUUCACGAGGUUUGCACGAUUGACUUUUGUAUAUCUGGUCUGUGCAAAGAAAUUGUAAACACUAUGUGUUAA